GAUCCACACCAAUGGGCAAUGGGAUUGGGUCAAAAAGGCUGUUUCGCGUUAAUCAAAGCCCGAAGAUCUCUGAUCUGUCCCCGAAAUCCCAUUAUUAUUUCAACCAAAACUUCCAUUGAGAUUUUGCAUAAAUUAAGCUCUAUUACUUACUUUUUCUUUCUUCUUCUUUAUCCUUUUCCUAAAUGACAAUCAACGCAAUUCAAGUUCCAGCUUCCAGUUGAUCUAUUCCUUUGACCUAUUUCUUUCUCCAAGUUAAGUCCACAGACAGUUCCUGCCCGUCGGUGCUGACUCACGUCCACUUCCGUUUCAUCUCAAUUACCCGAUUCGCCGUUUCUCCAAUGAGGCGAUAAUCGGACCUCUACUGUUUUGUCACUAGUUUUGUGAAUUAGGGUUUUAAUUUAUGCGAUGGAGCAGCCUCGUGUGGGGAAUAAAUAUCGGUUAGGGCGUAAGAUCGGUAGCGGUUCAUUUGGAGAGAUCUAUCAUGGUACAAAUAUUCAGACGAAUGAAGAAGUUGCUAUCAAGCUUGAAAAUAUCAAAACAAAGCAUCCUCAGUUGCUAUACGAAUCAAAGUUAUAUAAGAUCCUGCAGGGAGGAACUGGAAUCCCAAAUGUGAGAUGGUUUGGCGUUGAAGCAGACUACAAUGUUCUUGUGUUGGAUUUAUUGGGACCGAGUCUUGAAGAUUUGUUUAACUUCUGUAGUCGGAAGAUGUCUUUGAAAACAGUUCUUAUGCUUGCUGAUCAAAUGAUCAACCGUGUUGAAUUUAUUCACUGUAAAUCAUUUCUGCAUAGGGAUAUCAAGCCAGACAACUUCCUUAUGGGUUUAGGGAGGCGUGCUAAUCAGGUCUAUGCUAUUGAUUUUGGGCUAGCCAAGAAAUAUAGAGACUCUUCAACUCAUCGGCACAUUCCAUAUAGAGAGAACAAGAAUUUGACAGGGACAGCUAGGUAUGCAAGCAUGAAUACUCAUCUUGGAAUUGAACAAAGUCGAAGAGACGAUUUGGAAUCACUUGGAUAUGUACUUAUGUACUUCUUAAGAGGAAGUCUCCCAUGGCAGGGACUGAAAGCUGGGAACAAGAAACAAAAGUACGAAAAGAUUUGUGAGAAGAAAGUUUCCACUUCUAUUGAGUCUUUAUGUCAGGGAUACCCUUCAGAGUUUGCAUCUUACUUCCAUUAUUGUCGAUCUUUAAGAUUCGAUGACAGGCCCGAUUAUCCAUACUUGAAGAGACUCUUCCGUGAGCUUUUCAUUCGUGAAGGUUUUCAGUUUGAUUACGUCUUUGAUUGGACUAUUUUGAAGUAUCAGCAAUCACAGCUUUCGAAUCCUCCAUCCCGUGCUCUUGGGGCAGGAACAAGUUCUGGUAUCCCUCCCAUGGCUGCCAACCCGGGCAGGUUAACCGGUGGUGAAGAAGGUGGUGGUAGUAGGGGUUGGUCUUCUUCCCGGCCUAGAAAUACAUUGAAUUCUGGAACCCUCACCCUCACCCAAUCCAAUUCCAGACAAAAAAAUCCAGCUUCCACUGAUCCAUCCACCAGUAGAGAGUUAACAAGUAGUAAUAUUUUGCAAUCGAGUGGAUCUUCAAGGCGGCCUACUGAUGCGGUGCUUGGUAGGGUGGCAAGUAGCAGCGGACGAAGGAGCUCCCCGGUUGUUUCAUCCGAUCAAAGACGCUCGACUCCCGGUAGAAAUGCAAAAGCAAACAACUUUGACUCGACUCUCAAAGUCUGUCUUUUAUUAGAGCGAUGUGGUGGUGGGAGAUGGAAGUCGUUGGAAUUUAAUGAUAGUGUGUUGGUGGUGGAUGUCGGUGGUGAUGUCCUUUGA